AUGGAAAUUGAAUUACGAAGACGAGUGUUAGCGUGUAUUGAGAGGCAUAUAUCAGAAAUACAAGUGGUUAUUAUUGUUCUCACUCGUGAACUUGCCUUUAAAGUAGCAAGACAGUUAAAUAAAGAUGCGGGAGAAAUGAAAUGUUUACCGUGUGUCAAUGAUCGACGAUUUGAAAUUCACAUGGAGGAAAUACGGCAACAAAAUUUUCCGAUUGUGGUUGGUACGCUGGGAAGGAUCGAUUUGUUUUUUUAUCGAAAUGCAUUAAAGCCAAUAUUUAUCAAAGAACUAUUCAUUCUCGAUUCUGCUGCAAUGGUCAAUUUUCCACUCAAACGAUCAUUGGAACGAGUACUCGGCUUUAUUCAAAAACAUAUUCAUAUAACGUUACAUUUACCACCCAAUAAUUCAAUUGUACGCCAAAUAGAAAAUUAUAUUGGAAAUGUUUCUUGUCAUGGCAUACAUCCGGAUUUGAUUGAAGCGAAUCAUUUCGCGUUACAUGUUUCCAAUGAGAUGCGAAAAAUGGAUGCAUUAUGCGAUCUUUGUCGAAUAAACACAUCAGUACCUAUACUUAUUUGCUGCCGCAUGCAAGGAACUGCAUUAGCGAAUGCAAAAAUAUUGAGAGCACAAAAUUUACCAGUCGUUACACUGACUAGUGAAAUGUCAUCGGACGAUAUCCGCAUUGCUAUAGAGACAUUCGAGUUAUGUCAAGUGCAUAUUAUGAUAGCAACCGGAUACAUUCGCGGUUUGGUUGAUUUGAAAACACCAAUGAUUGUCAUCAAUUAUGAAUUACCGAAACCUGAUGCAUAUGCUCGAAGGGUCAACUUCACAGGUGAAUCCUGGAUUGCGAGGCAUACAGUUUUUAUAUCAUUGAUUAAAAUGACUGAAAUCAAGAAACUGUGUCAGUUGAGAGAAAAACUUGGCUUACGAUGGAUCCUAAUGUAUCCCGAUUGA